AUGGACGAGAUACUGGUGCACAUUUCUGCACCAGCAACGCGUCAGGACGAUGACUUGUAUCGCUCCUUGAUCGAUGCUUAUUUCGACUUUGAACCCUGUGAGCUCGUUGGAUGUGGGCGUCACGAGCGCGGCGACGACCCCGGAGGGCUCGUGAACCCCCCCCUCACCACUAGCGAUGAAUCAUACGGCAGUCUCCCUUCCCAUAUGUCGUCUGGAAGGGACUCCAAAGGCUCUAAUCAACGACAUCAAUUCUCCUUCAACCCGAACGAAGAUUCGAUUCUACCUAGGAGUAGACUCGAGCAGUUGGAACGGCUUCACGCCAAAUGGAAAAGACAGAACGAUCCAGGGCUAAGUGCCAUCUCCGCACCUCCAUCGCCUACCGGGAUUCCUACUUCUAGGAACAAGAGUAGUUCUUUCAUUGAGGACUCACAGCUGGCGGCCCACGCUAUCGAAAGCCAGAUAUACGAUGGAGGUUCAAUCACCUCCGAAGAUACAUCGGAAGACGAAACGCAUUCGUCGUUUCCUGUCAAGACUGUUACCUCGCUUCGCCCUUCCCUGCCAAAGUCCCCGACUACGUUGUUUGGUCGAGACCGGGACCCGGCACACCCAAGCCUAAAGACAGCCUCUCUAGAUUUGCCAACUACAUCAAGGGUUGAGAGCGAUAACAACGCCCAUGCCUCAAUCGGCGGUACUUUGGAUGGCACAGCGCCAACUAGGUGCCUGGAAUUUCGCACUUUACCUUUCGAAGCAUUCCCCCCAGCGCCAAAGGUAUCUGUGGAAUGUCCGGUCUCGUUACCAUCACAAGUCACAAAAUACCUAGAGGCAAUAAAGCAACAAAACCCAAGACGCUUCAAGCCAUCGAAAACAUUGCGGCCAGUGGACAAUGACGAGCGUGGGUACUGGCUAGUUGAGUGCGUAAGUUGGCCCCUGAAGAUACAAUAUGACUUCUGGUCAUCUCUGUGUGAUCACGUUCGUAGCGGCAGGUUUGGCUGGGGCGUGACUCUCCACCGAGAACUACCAGGAGCCACAAGCAAGGUCCAACAGAUGCCAGUGGGACUCGGACAGGCUCGACUUUAUUGCUGGGGCGAAGUCGUUGAACACAUGUGGCUUUAUCUCUGGCUGUGUAGCAAGGGAAUGGUCUCUGGCUCAGGUUCAAGAUGGCUCGACGCGGAGGAUACCGUGGUGAUCGUGGGAUAAUACUAAGCAGGGAGCACCAAAGGCGGAGACUUUGAAUACUUACGCUCAUCCUUGAAAUGGAGCCGGUCUAUUGCCGCGAUUUACUAGCUGCGAUGGUCAAACUGUUU